GUGCUGAUUUUGUGGUUGGAGGAGCAAGCACUAAGGAAAGGGUCUCGAGUGCGGGCGGGAGGGAGCCUGUCAGGGUCCCUGGGAGUGGCAGCUCUCAGGUGUGCCUCUGCUCAGGUGACCUUACUGCGAGCUGCCUCCCUUUCCGGCCCCCAAAGUGGCUGUUCAGUCUUGCUUGGGAUCAGGACCAGCUCCACGUCCUUGAGCAUAAUUAGCCCUUUUCCAGCUGCCAUGCCUCAGUUUACCUCCGAGUGAACUAAGGGAGAAGCUUUUCCUCUUGGCCAGCGGGGCUCCACUGUGGCCUAAGGUGUCUGCAGAGCCGGAGCCCGGCCACCGCCACACCGCACCAUGGCGCCCACCCUGGCCACUGCCCAUCGGCGCCGCUGGUGGAUGGCCUGCACCGCUGUGUUGGAAAACCUCCUCUUCUCGGCAGUCCUCCUGGGCUGGGGUUCGCUGCUCAUCAUGCUCAAGUCGGAAGGCUUUUACUCCUACCUGUGUACGAAGCCAGAGAAUGUCACUAACAGCACGGUCGGGGGCACGGCAGAGCCGGAACCUGUGGAGGUGAGCCUGGUGAAUGGCUGGCUCAGCUGCAAGGCCCAGGAUGAGAUUCUGAAUUUGGCGUUCACCGUGGGCUCCUUCCUGCUCAGUGCCAUCACCUUGCCUCUGGGCAUCAUCAUGGACAAGUAUGGUCCAAGGAAGCUCAGGCUGCUGGGCAGUGCCUGCUUUGCUGUCUCCUGCUUGCUGAUUGCAUAUGGAGCAAGUAACCCAGACUCGCUCUCUGUGCUCAUCUUUAUCGCCUUGGCUCUGAACGGCUUUGGGGGCAUGUGCAUGACGUUCACUUCGUUAACACUGCCCAAUAUGUUCGGUGACCUUCGGUCCACAUUUAUUGCCUUGAUGAUUGGAUCCUACGCUUCCUCAGCAGUUACCUUUCCAGGAGUCAAGCUCAUCUACGACGCUGGCGCCUCCUUCAUUGGCAUCCUGGUGGUCUGGGCUGGCUGCUCUGGCCUGGUUUUCCUCAACUGUUUCUUCAACUGGCCACUCGAGCCCUUCCCAGGACCAGAGGACAUGGACUACUCGGUGAAGAUCAAGUUCAGCUGGCUAGGCUUUGACCACAAGAUCACAGGGAAGCAGUUCUACAAGCAGGUGACCACAGUGGGGCGCCGCCUGAGCGUGGGUAGCUCCAUGCGGGCCACCAAGGAGCAAGCCGCCCUGCAGGAGGGCCACAAGCUGUGUCUGUCCACUGUGGACCUGGAGGUGAAGUGCCAGCCUGAUGCUGCAGCUGCCCCCUCAUUCAUGCACAGUGUGUUCAGCCCCCUCCUGCUGCUCAGCCUGGUCACCAUGUGUGUCACACAGCUGCGGCUUAUCUUCUACAUGGGGGCCAUGAACAGCAUCCUAGAGUUCAGCGGGGACCAGAAGACAGUUGCCCUCUAUACCUCCAUCUUUGGCGCACUCCAGCUGCUCUGCCUGCUGACAGCUCCUGUCAUCGGCUGCAUCAUGGACUGGAAGCUGAAAGAGUGUGAAGAUACUUCUGAGGAGCCCGAGGAGAAAGACGGCGCUCAAGGUGAAAAGAAGCAGAAACGGGACAGGCAGAUUCAGAAAAUCACGAAUGCCAUGCGGGCCUUCGCCUUUACAAAUGUGCUGCUCGUGGGAUUUGGGGUGACCUGCCUCAUUCCCAACCUGCCUCUACAGAUCUUCUCCUUCGUCCUGCACACAAUUGUGCGAGGAUUCAUCCACUCAGCUGUAGGGGGCCUAUACGCUGCCGUGUACCCCUCCACACAAUUUGGUAGCCUCACAGGACUGCAGUCCCUGGUCAGUGCGCUCUUUGCUCUCCUGCAGCAGCCGUUGUAUCUGGCCAUGAUGGGUCCUCUAGGAGGAGACCCUCUGUGGGUGAACGUGGGUCUGCUCGCCAUGAGCAUGCUGGGCUUCUGCCUGCCACUUUACCUCAUCUGCUACCGGCGCCAGCUGGAGAGGCAGCUGCAGCAGAAGAGGGAAGACAGCAAGCUGUUCCUUAAGAUCAAUGGCUCAUCCAACCAGGAGGCUUUCGUGUAGUGCCCACCCACCGCCUCAGUUGUGGCCUCCUGCCUGUGCUUCAGUGACUGACUGCAGCCAUCUCCCCACCCCAGAGGAUCUCAUGCGCUCCCUGGAUCCUGCCCUUCACCACACUGGAGCCCAUACUUCCUCAAAACCCCCUGGCCCUGCCAUGGAGUGCUGGUGCGGAGGGGCAGGAGAGGGCCAGGGACAAAUGAACCUCCCACUGCCAGAAGCUGGGCAGCCCUGGCCUAGCUGUCACCCCAGGGGCUCUGGAGUCUCGGAUCUCCAUGGGGCUUGUACCUGGAGCCAAGGGGACCUUUCCAGCAAGCAUUUUUUUUUUUUACUCUUUCUCACUGAUCGGAUUCUGCCUCUUGCCUAAGGGGCCUGCCAUCCUCCAGCACACUACCUGUCCCUGAGCUGCACGCCCACCAACCACGCCCACCCGAGGACAAAGGCUUGCACUGUCUGCACUCCCCUUGCUUGGCCCCUUACCUCCCUGGCCAGUCUGGCUGCCUGAGGAAGGAAGGACCCGCUUCCUGUUGUUGGUGCUAACCCCUUUGUCAUCCCAACACCCCCCACCCUCCCUGUGGCUAGUCUCUGGCCCCUCUUUUCCUUGAAGGCCUGAGAAGAAGCCCCUUGCCUCUGGCUGGGGAAGGAGUGGAGGGCAGAUUUAUUUACACAAAGCCUCAAGACCCUGGGCAAGGCUUCUUCCUCGGGAGCCAGAGCAGUGUCUCUCUGCUGGCGUGCUUCGUGCUUCGUUCCAGUCUGCAGCCUGAAGGGAACUAAGGGGACACCACAAGGGCACCCUUCCACCCACCCACAGCUGUUUUUCUGGGGUGGAAAUAAGGCUGUGACUAGACAUGAGGAGCCAAGCCUAAGUAGGGAAGAGGAUUAGUGAGUAACCCGAGGGGUGUGUGUUUAUGUGGUACGUGUGUGUGCAUGUGUAUGUAUGGUAGGAGGCUAGCCCCAGGGGCUGCUUUUAUCAGAGUGGACCAGACCAGAAGCCACCCAGCCCUACAGCAGGCUCAAAAUAGCAGUCAGCCUUGCUUUAUGAUGGGGACUUGUGUGUGGCGGUGUGAUCACAGUGCCCCCUGCUGGCAGACUCCCAUCAGGGCACUGGAGCGGUUCAUGUGGUAGAAGCCUAGCCGGCCUGCCUGACUCACUAAGCCAUCUUCCCUUGACAACCCCUAGAAACCCUGUCUGAGACCUCUUGGGGUGCCAAGAGGGAUACAUUGGUUUUUAAGUUUAUGGUUUUCUCUUGUUUUACCAUGAUUCUUUUUAUGAAGCAAUAAAUCCAUUUCCCUGUUGGUAAUGGAUGCCCCUCCUCACGGAUCAGCUGAUGACUGUGCCUGUUUUAUAUUUGAGAGGAGAGACAGGGCAAGAGGGUCUGCCAGGAAGCAAGAAAAGGAAGCCAGACAUAAUGGCACACACUUUAAUCCCAGCACGGGAAGCUGAAACAGGCAGAGUUUGAGGCCAGUCUUGUCUACAUGGAGAAUUCUAGAGCUACAUAGUCAAAGCCAGUAGAUGUUCUGCUAGUGACAAACCCAGCUACACCUGGGUGUCAUGUCCAGGGAGGGGCAUGGGCAAAGGAAAGCCCUGACUACCCUGUUCUCCAGGGAAAUGGGGCUGUGGGGAGGUGGGCUGUCCUCACUGCUGUCUGCUCCGACUAGACAGGCCAAUCCAGAGAGAGCCUUCAUCUCCAGUUAGCUGUUACCUCCAGGGGAGACCUAGGCUAACUGAGAUGCCCUCAGUUUCAGUGCAGGCCCUGUCAUGAGUGUGGACUGCCAGGUCUUGACUCCAGUCUGUUCAAACAUUAAACGCAUAACCCCAACAGUGAGCUAGUGGAAGCCCCUCUGAGGCUUCUCAUGGCUCAGGGGUAGAGCUCAUUCUUAACAUGGCUAAGACCCUAGGUUCUAUUUCCCAAAAAAAACUAUUACAGUGUAUUUUCCAAACCAUCUCUCAGAACACUGGUCUGUGAAAAAGUCUAAUGGGGUACGCUGAGUUAAAGUCAGACUUGUCGCUUUGCAGCAGGAAUCCACAGGCCUUUCCCCAUGUUCCUGAGCAUUGGAGCUGGGGGUAGCACCAGGGGUGGUGUCAGGAGGACCUCUGUGAGUUCAAGCCCAGCCUCCUCUACAUUUCGAGUUCAGGCUAGCCAGGACUAUUCAAUGA